AAUUAUUUUUUGCUGUCCGAUAAAUUAGAAGAUAUACGGUAGCCUCCUUCUCAAGGCCUAAACAAUUAGCGGCCUGGAAUCGAGGCUAGAACAUCAACAAAGUCAGAGUGUCAUUACAAAUUGAACAUGACGCGACGAGUGUAUUGGAGAUCAUUACAAUCUUUCUACUUCUCAUAAACCACUCAAAUACACUUUGUGAAGAAAAAGCGAACCCAUCAAUAGGGGACUUAUGCCUAGACCGGAAUAACAGUUUUCAAGGGACGCCUCUAUUGCUGGUGUACUACAUAGGCAACCUUCAGCCAGCUAAAUGGGGGACCAUAUGUGAUGAUGAGGCUGAUAAAGCAACUGUUACCACCAUGUGCCAACAACUUGGAUAUGAUGUGGAAUAUUCUAGUAUAAAGGUACACUGGGAUAAGAAUGGUAUUGACCCCUGGUUCACCAAGGUGAUGUGUGACAGCAAAAAAACAAAUAUUCUGAGAUGCAACACCAUCCCACCAAAUCCAAAUGAACUCGGCUGUUCUAAACUCUACUUACACUGUGGAUCUGAUGAAAGCUGGAACAAGGUGCCAAAUGAAGGUUACAUUGGACAAGUGCUGCUACUACAUCCCAAGAAUACUGCUCCAGGUCAUCAAGUUUCGUUUGGACUGGUGCUCAUUUACAUGUACCGUAAUGGCUAUAGUUCGUGGGGUAUUAUUACUCAGGACCCAACACAACCAUUCACACUCAAUGCUGCUAACUCAGUAUGCAGGCAGAUGGGGUACACUGAAGCUGACCAUAUCACCACUGCAAAGAAUUCAAACUCUCACUAUGAUCCCACAAGUCUCCAACACAACGCUUGGCUUCGCAGCAUCCACACGAGCGAUUGUAUGGUUACUUCUGAGCCUUGUUUCAGCUGUUGUUUCAGCUGGCCUACUACUCCCUUGUGUAGCGUAGAUACUUGUUUGUUUGAGGACGGUAUCGUUUUGAAAUGCUUGUUUGAUAAAAGCAAAGAGGACUCGCCUAUUUAUUCGGAAGGAAACGAAGAGUUGUGUCAGAUCACAGGUUAUAGGCAACCUAUCUGUACAGGCACUCGUGCAGUUACUGGCACAGACUCGUGAUAAUCAUCAGUAUCCAUGGGAUAAUGCAUUUAUUGCUUAGCAACCAAAAUGCAUUGAAUCUGCACAUGCGCUGCAUGCGGUUGCUUUGUCAACCAGAAGGAUGUGUAGCAACAAAAUUGAGUUCUCCCAGUUGAAGACGAGUUUAAGAGAAAGAAAACGGCUAAAAGACAAAGAAAUAAGACUCUAGAACACCAGGAGAGCUUGCAGAAGGCUACUAAAAGAUUUUGUAGAGAACAGACAAGAAAAAAGACAAGAAAAACGUUGACAACCAGCAACCCGUUUUGAAAAUGGAUAGUUCUGAAGGAUAAACAACAUGUGCUUGCUUUCUAUCAUGCUCCAGUGUAUCAGAAGAGGAAACAUGGACCGCUAUAGCAAAAGAAAAGUGACAACCGUUUUGAAGAAAAAACGACUUACAAAAGCCUGAACAGGCUUAAAUGCAUGGUGGUGCAGUACACUUCUACAUGUGCAAUAUUCCGCUCAAAGCACUCAUUCCCUAGCCUCUACACAGGCUCUCCUUUUUCUUUUCUCUGUUCCUGGCCUUAUCACAAUCAUUCAAUAAGAUAAAAUACUGUAUUAAUCGUUCAAUGAGAUAAAAUACGGUAUUAAUUGGAGGAAUAAAGAAAGAAAUAGACGUAGAGUUAGGAAAAAGGAGAGCCUGUAUCGGGAAGUCGUGCAAAGGUACAUGUAGAAGGGUAAAAAUGAGCGUGGGCAUGCAGUGCUGGAGAUGUUGGACUGCCCACGUAGAGAUCUAUGACUAAUAAAACCAUAGAUUAGAGGUGAUCUAUGAUAAAACUUUGCUAGCAGCAAGCUGGACAUGGACUUGGAACUGGAAGUUUGCCAGCACUAGCUAGCUAUACCUUAGGCUUAGCUAGAUCUACUAGACUACUAGUCUAGAUUGUGUGUUUAGACAAUCACCACCUUAUGUUUCUUGUGUCUUUCUAAAUGCUAGAUCUAGUCAUUAUAUCAUCUAGUAAGAAGCCACUAGAUCUGGCCACGCUGGUUCCCUGAUCUGACUUGCAGCACAGCUAGUCUCGAAUACCAGCCGGUUCUCAUUGUAAGUGUGGGCGGGAGAGAACCGUCUGGUGACUCUGGGCAGAACGUUCUGUCAGUCAGGAAUGUAAUCAUCCUGGUAUUCGAGACUAGCUUGGUGGUUGUCUCAGUACAGUCUGAAUGCGUGGGAGAAUACCUUACGUCACGAUUGUGGGCUACAUAUCGCCCACGUUCAUAAAAAUCCUUGUGGAUCACGCGAUUUCCCAAACCAGGCCUUACUUUUCUUAAUUGUACGCACAUUUCUUUCUUUGCUGCCUCAUUUUGUCUUCUACCUCGAUUUAUAUGGAUGAACAAUGACAACAGCAAGAAAAAGUAAGGCCUGGGAACGAGGCUACUCAUUCCCAACACUGAUGCCUGUUGUUAAAUAUGACUGCUAAACUGAACACUGACAACCUCAUGACCCUCAGCCUCACUGCAAAAGAGCAUCAGAGAGCAUCAGAACACAUGAAAAGAGACUGAUAAACAUUGCAUUGCAUGAUCACAAGUGUGUAAAUUAUUGUUUUUCUUGUUCUCUCACUGCUGAAAACGUUUCAUAUUCUAAUUAAGAAUCACUUCCUAGUGAAUAACAAGUGUGCAAUUAUACUUCCGGAUGCAUGUGCGAUAUGGAAAAAUAUCUGCACACUUGAUGAUGAGUCGCUUCCUGUGCAAUUUGAAUGUAAAAUGCUGAUGUCAGCACUUAUUAAAAAGCAAUAAUACGUAUAAGUAUAACCAUAACUCUGUCU